AGCUAUGUACUCACUAUAUGACUACUCAGUUGGUAAAACAGGACGGGGAGUACUAUGCUAUGUAGUAGUGCACACAUCAUUUGCUUCCAUUUUUUCCGGCGUAACAGAUUUAUCAAAUUCAUCAGCCUAAAACAAAGAAUUAAUGAUGGUUAAUUAGAGGGUUAUAGCUUCUAAUGUAUAACUUGUUCGUGAUCCACAACCAUUUGUUCUGCCAUUGCUCUAUGUGAAGUGAUUUAGUGUCAGUCGGAAGCUGCGAGUUGCUUCAUUUGCCUUGUAUCUUGCUGAUUUGUUGUCAUAUUAUUCUUGCAAUCCUGCUUCGGUUUCAUUUUUUUGAGCUGGAGGUUUGUCGAAAACAGCCUCUCUACCCUUACAAAGAUAGGGGUAAGGUAUGGUACAUCUUACCUUCCCAGAUUCGACUUGUGGUAUUGCAGUGGGUAUGUUGUUGUUGUUGUUGUUAUUUUACAUAAAUGUUGAUAAAUUGAGUGGCACAAUGUACUGGAAGUAUUUUAGUGUCAAAAUCAAAUGAUCCAUUUGAAGAUUGUGCUUCAAUUAGUAGAAUAACAAGCACAACACCUAUUACAACUGAAUAAAGAAAAUUUUAAGGCGUUUUGUUUUUCUGAAGUUCUUUUGGAAUCUUGCGAAGAAAUUUUCCAAAAAUUGUGUUUCUUUGAAUCUUCUGAAACACUUUUUAAAAAAAAAUAUUUUUUUAUGAAGUGUUUUUAGGGUGCUCCCACUCACAGAUCUUCAAUAACCAACUAUCCAUAAACAUUUAGUCUUUGCAUGUUUUAAAAAGAAAGAUUUUUUGAGAAAACUCUUUCCAAGAUCAUCUCUAAACAUGCAAGCCGAAUAGCUCCUAUAAAUUUCUGUAAUGAAAACAUUAACUAAUUGAUGAAAUUAGUAAUUAGAGCAUCUCUUUUCAAACCAACAUUUAAAGUGUUUGCAUCUGUUGAUGGAUGAAUUCAAUAUGCUAAUGAAUUCUAACUCAGCAUUUUUGGAAGAUACAGCUUUCGUGGUGAAGGAAUAAGCAGUUCUUUUGGAAAAUAGUAAGGAGCUAUGGCUUGAAUGUUUAUGCGAAGCGAAUGUGUACCUUCUGUUUACUCUAUGGAUGCUAAAAAAUUCUGCUAGUUGCUAAAACAGGAUGAGGACUAUGGGAAAUAACUUGUUUUGUUUGAUCCACACUCAUUUCUUCUACCACUGCUCUCUGUAAAGUGAUUUAGACCAUACGAGUUUGUUGGUGAAGGAAUGCACAGUUCUUAUGGAAAAUAAUAAAGAGCACAGUUGAAUGGAUAUGCAAAGUGGCGGUGGACCAGCAAAAAUCCUCAAAAAGAGCCUUAUUUGGACCUUUGAGGCAUGACAUCUUUUACAAUCUCAUUACAAAAAAAUGAGUGUUAUGAAGCAACAUAUACCAUCCAACUUCCUUUGCAAUGCAGAACUUGAGGUGGACAAUAUCAGCAACUUACCAGCACAGAUUGUUGACAAGAUUCUGUCCCAUUUAUCACUUAGGGAUGCUGUGAGGACAAGUGUCUUGUCAACUAAAUGGAGAAACAAAUGGGUUACUCUUCCAAACCUUGUAUUUGACAAUCAAUCUCUUUUGAUCUCAUCCCAAGACCAAACCUUCAUAAAAAAUAAGAUAGUAAACAUUGUUGAUCAUGUUCUCUUACUUCAUUCUGGUCCCAUACACAAGUUCAAGCUUUCUCAUCGGGAUCUUCAAGGGGUAUGUGAUAUUGAUAGAUGGAUUCUCUUUCUAUCAAGGGGUGCUGUGAAGGAAUUUAUUCUGGAAAUAUGGAAAGGCCAUCGCUACAAACUCCAUUCUUCUAUAUAUCUUUGUCAAAAGUUGAACCACUUGGAGCUUUUUAAUUGUCUUCUAAAACCACCUCUCACAUUCAGUGGUUUUAAAAGCUUGAAAAGUCUCGAUCUUCAGCACAUCACUAUGGAACAGGAUGCAUUUGAGCAACUCGUAUCGAGAUGCCAUUUACUUGAGCGGCUUACACUGAUGAAUUUUGAGGGUUUCUCCGAUCUUAAAAUCCAUGCACCGAAUCUUCUCUUCUUUGACGUUGGAGGCGUCUUUGAAGACAUCAAUUUCAUGAACACAUUCAAUCUUGCCAUCGUUUCUAUUGGGCUAUAUGUAAAUCCUGGAUUUGACAAAAAUCUUGCUCUAGGCAGUGCUGGAAAUUUGGUCAAGUUUUUUGCUCAUUUGCCUCGUCUUCAAAGGCUUGAAGUACAGAGCUUUUUCUUGAAGUAUCUGGCUGACAAUAAAGUGCCAGGAAGACUACCUACGCCUUGUGACGAGCUAAGUUUUCUUUCAAUACGCAUAAAUUUCAACCAUUUGGAUGAGUGUUUGGCAGCACUUUGCCUUCUCAGAAGUUCCCCUAACCUACAAGAGCUUGAGAUGUUGGCACGCACAGAAGAACAAAGUACUUUGAGAACAGUUGCCAGUGUUAUGGAAGAGGAUUACCAGAAUUGUAUGUUCAAUCAAUUGAGGCAUGUUAAGAUUGCUGGUAUAACUGGGCUUAAACAAGAGCUAAAUUUCGUCAAUUUUCUGCUUUCAAAUUCACCUGUUCUUGAAAGAAUGACAGUCAAGCCAGCUUCAGCUGACGGUGCAUGGGAGAUGCUAAAAGAGUUGCUUCGCUUCAGGAGAGCUUCUGUACAAGCUGAAAUUGUUUACGUUGACCCUUAAUUUAUAGCAUAUAUAAGCUGGGGAGCCUGUGGUCUAGUAAGAUCUAGGCGUAUUUACUAUAUUAGUUUAGCAUCUAGUGUAGAAACUAAGCUAGACCGUCUGCUGAAAUGGAAGCACCAAUGUGAUCGGUAGCAGAAAGAUGAUUAUAAUACUGAACUUGUUCGUUCAGUGUUGUGAACUUUUCAGACAUCCUCGUACAAGUCUUGGUUUUUCUGAACAAUUCAACUAGUUGCGUAGUUGUACUUGUCCUGUUGAUAGCCCUCUGAUUGUGUCUUGUUCUUCGGUACAAGUAUUCUAAAAAAUGUGUUAUUAUUGUCUUGAUGAAGAUAGCUGAACUAAUGCUUCUCAGUAUUGUUUUCUUACAUCCUUAUAUCUGAAUAUGUGCCCUCAGAAUGGA